UAUCCUGUUCCUUGAUUGCUCCAUCCCUCCUUCAUCUGCCUGGACUGUACUAAUCAUGAGCUCACACUUGUCCAGUACAGGGCUAUCGCGAGCUGCUCAGGUACGUACCUCGCCGGAAGAAACACUCGCCUAGGCAGAAUCUUUGAAUGCUCACCUCUCCCUUCUCACCUCUUCCGCUCGUCUUUGCACCAUUGCCCUUCCUUUGAGGCAGACAGCUCGCCGGCGGCUCACGCCCAACUGUCUUGCACUAGCGGUAACACUUCCCUCGACCUCUCACUUCCGGACGGCAGGAUGGCCUCCUCUUGUGCCUGCCUCGCAGUCUCGUCCUCUCUCGACCUCACCACCGGCCCAGACACCAGGUCCGCGUUCCGCACUCACGAUGGCCCUCCUGGUCGGCGUGGUAGGAGCGGGGGCUUACGCCGUUGGCUCUCUCUAUCCGCCAGCAUUCGUAACCAUGGUCAAGCCUAGGGAGGCGCCUGCCGCACCGCAUGCCAGCUCUGAGGAAGGCAUAGCUCACACAGCUCAGAUUGAAAAGCAGCUCAUGGAGCUACCGUUGGUGCGGCAUCUCCUCUCUGCUGGCGAUGGUGGAAAGGGUGGCGAAAAUGCUAGCGGUCGUGUCGAGGGGCGCCCAUCGGAUAGCAUAGGUGUGCUCUCUGGCAGCAAUCCCAGUACACAGAGCCCGUCUCUGGAGACCUCUCCCUCGAGCUCGACCGCGGAGCCAUACUACAUUGCCUCGAGACCAUACCGCCGCUUCCCUCCUUCAAAGCUUCUUCACUCCCUCACAGCCGGAACCCUUCGCGGACCCGGUCGCUUCGCAGUCCCUCCUCUGAUCGUUGCCAAGACCAAGGCGGGUGCAGCGGCCGAGGGCGGGCACGAGGGGGACGCCUAUGCCUUUGUUCACCUCGGUCGUUCCCUCUGUGGUCAUGACGGGAUCAUCCACGGCGGUCUCCUGGCUACCAUCUGCGACGAGGCCUUUGCCCGGACUGCCUUCUUCUCCCUGCCUUCCAAGGUAGGGGUGACGGCCCGCCUAGAGCUGGACUAUCGUGCUCCGACCUAUGCCGAUCAAUUCGUGGUGAUUCAGACGAGCUUGGUCGAGAAUCGGGGAAGGAAAGCAGUCGUGCAGGGCGAGAUCAGGGACAUGAAUGGCAAGCUCCUCGUCUCAGGGAAGGCCAUCUUCGUGGAGCCCAAGUUUGCAAAGUUCCUGGAUACGAGCCUCGUCAAGGACGCAAUGGACACUCAUGACUGAGAGGUGCGAGGGAUUGCCCGCGUGCGAGGCGCAAGCGCUGUGGUAGACGUUGCGGCGAAUUCAUCUGGUCGACGUGCCGCUGUACUCUAGAGUCACUCAACACAAUAGACCCUACAGCCAUCAUCAGGGGCUCAAUGAUACGAGACAGUCUAUC